AUGCUUCAUCAUGCCAAACUGGACAAGUGUUUCUGGGACAAAGCAGCGAUGACAGCCAUCGACGUCAAGAAUCGACUGCCGUCACCUAAAGUCGUACACAAGACUCCGUUUGAGAUCGUCUACAACUUUAACCCAAGCGUCAAGCACAUGCUAGCAUUCGGGUUUCGGACGUACAUACUGACGCCGAGAGAAAGUCGACUCAAGUGGGAUCCAAAGGCUCGCGCUGGCAUAUUCGUGGGCUACGAAGAAGUUUCGAAGGCAUAUCGUGCUUACGACAUUGAGGCGGGGCAGGUGGUUAUCAGUCGCGAUGUCAACUUUGACGAGUCCACCUUUGGACUUCCGCCACCGAUCACUGAUGAAGACGCCGACGGCAUUGACUUUGCCUCCGUCGAGCUGGACGAUGAAGCGCCGGGUCAAGCGUAG